GGCGCCGACCGGAAGGGGUGGACCGUCCGUUUGUUUUCCUGCCGGUUUCCGUCGCGGCCUCUCCUCAGGAAAGUCCGUCUCCGUCUCCGAACCCGGGGACGUCGGCCUGGGCCUGGGGUCGCCGCUCCCUCCCUCCUUCCCUCAUCGCCGCUGCCGCCGCCGCUGCUCCAGUCCCGAUCACCCGGCCCCUCAGCUCCGGUCACCGUUCGUCGUCCCACUCCCCCUCCCGCGGCUCUCAGCGCCGGCGGAGCGGGAGGCCGAGGCCGAGGCCUCGCGGCCUGCGCCAUGGAGUCGCCCGAGAAGGUGGACGUGAACCGGGCGAGCGCCGAGGAGUUGGCCACCGCGCUGUUCGGCAUCGGCAGGAAGCGAGCGAGAGCCAUCGUGAGGCGGAGAGAGGAGUUAAAAGGUUUCUCUUCGCUGGAUGAUCUUCUGGACAUCAAAGGCAUCACCUGCCACUUCCUGGAGAGGAACGGUAACCUGCUGUCUUGCCAAGCGAAUCAAGUCAGCACAGCCAAGAGUAUGGAAGGCCUGUCAAGCAGCUCCAGCAGUAGCUUCUCGGAUGGAGGUGCAGUGGAUGAGGAGAGUGGAGUUCAUGGAGACUGGGAGGAGGGAGAGAAUGAAGAUAUCGAUGAGAGAGAAGAUGACCUAAGCGACACAGCAGAGGGCAUUGAGGACCAUUGCGGAGAGUCGUAUUAUUAUUUUGUUGCCGACCUCGUUCAGGAGACACAGGGUAGAGGCCUGGUCCAGCGCGUCAAGCCCAAGAUGAAGCGAAAAUCCGAGAAUGGCCUUGACGUGCGAUCAUUGUCACCAGGAAAGAAAUUGUGCAAAGGCUCAGAAUACACCAGUUCCCUGUCGCCCUGCAUAAAUACAACCACCACGUUUGGGGACAUCAGGAAUGGCAACAUCCCAGGUCAGCACCGCCGACGUAUAACUUCAGUCACGCCUCCCACAGAUCUACAGGAAUGGCUUGGCAUGUUCCAGAGGUGGAGUGGCCCCGAGAAGUUGCUGGCUCUGGAUGAACUCAUUGACCGAUGUGAGACGUCGCAGAUCAAGUACAUGAUGCAGGUCAUCGAGCCACAGUUCCAGCGAGACUUCAUCUCCCUGCUGCCUAAAGAGCUGGCGCUCUACGUGCUGUCCUUCCUGGAGCCCAGGGACCUGCUGCGAGCAGCGCAGACCUGUCGGUACUGGCGCAUCUUGGCUGAGGACAACCUGCUGUGGAGAGAGAAAUGCAGAGAAGAAAUUGUGAGUGAGCCGCUGUACCUGCGCAGGCGACGCAUGCUCAGCACCGGCUUCAUGUACAGUCCCUGGAAAUCGGCAUUCAUGAGGCAGCAUAAGAUAGACACCAACUGGCGAUCGGGCGAGAUCAAACCUCCCAAGGUGUUGAAAGGUCACGAUGAUCACGUCAUCACCUGCCUACAGUUCUCUGGCAAUCGCAUCCUCAGCGGCUCUGAUGACAACACGCUCAAAGUCUGGUCUGCCAUCACUGGAGAGUGUGUGCAGACGCUGGUGGGACACACAGGGGGCGUUUGGUCGUCACAGAUGAGAGGCAGCAUCGCCAUCAGCGGCUCCACCGACCGCACCCUGAAGGUGUGGAACGCAGAGACGGGCGAGUGUAUCCACACGCGGUACGGGCACGCCUCCACUGUACGCUGCAUGCACCUCCACGGCAACAAGGUGGUGAGUGGAUCGAGGGACGCCACUCUCAGAGUGUGGGACAUUGACACGGGCCGCUGCCUGCACACUCUCCUGGGCCACGUGGCAGCAGUGCGGUGCGUGCAGUACGAUGGUGAGAGGGUGGUGAGCGGGGCCUACGACUACACUGUCAAGGUGUGGGACCCACUGACUGAGACCUGCGUGCACACACUCCAGGGCCACACAAACAGAGUCUACUCACUUCAGUAUGACGGUGUACACAUCGUGAGCGGGUCGCUGGACACGUCUAUCCGGGUGUGGGACGCUGAGAACGGUAACUGCCUGCACACUCUGAUGGGCCAUCAGUCACUGACCAGCGGCAUGGAGCUGAAGGACAACAUCCUGGUGUCAGGCAAUGCCGACGCCACCGUCAAAAUCUGGGACAUCAAGACCGGACAAUGUCUGCAGACCCUGCAAGGGCCAAACAAGCACCAGAGUGCUGUCACCUGCCUGCAGUUCAUCCAGAAGUUUGUGGUCACUAGCUCGGACGAUGGGACGGUCAAACUGUGGGACCUUAAAACGGGCGACUUCAUUCGCAACCUGGUGGCCCUGGAGAGUGGUGGCAGCGGUGGGGUGGUGUGGAGGCUGCGUGCAUCAAAGACCAAGCUGAUCUGUGCGGUGGGCAGUCGCAAUGGUACAGAGGAGACCAAGCUGUUGGUGCUGGACUUUGAUGUGGAUAUGAAGUGAGGCCAUGUUAUGCUGCGCACUUCUAGCCCACAGCAUAGGCAGCGAGCAGGCACCAGCCCCACGCUGGCCACUCCCUUUUGCCAAAGAAGACUUGACCACGGGAUGUGCAGACACCCAGUCCAGGAGUGGUGCUGCCCCCCCCCCCCCCCCCCACUGGACAGCAGAGAGCGGGCCGUCUUAAGCCCACUGCACGCCAGCUGGAAGCUAUUGGGAAAUAUUUCAAGCACCUUAGAACUGAGCCCACAGGACAUCCAUCUGUGCCGAUGACGAGAUACUUGCAGACACUUUAGAGACUUGCCAAAAUUGUUCCUAACUCAAACUUGUACAUAAAAUGGUUCUAUUGUAUAUUAUAUAAAAGUGUAUCUAUGUGGUGAAUGAGGUAACGCAUCCGUAACAACGUCUAUAUAUUGAACUGUGUAACAGUGUGUGCACCUCGUGUACGAGAGAAGGUCAGGGUGAAGGUUGUGUGUGUGUGUGUGUUUGUACAUGCGUGUGUGUGCGUAUGUUUGCGUGUGUGCAUGCGCACGUGUGCUUUGUGUGCGUGCGUGUGCAGGUGUGUGCAUGCGUGUGCAGGUAUGUGUGCGUGUGGGCGUGCGUGUGUAGGUAUGUGUGCGUGUGGGCGUGCGUGUGCAGGUAUGUGCUUGCGUGUGUGUGGGCGUGCGUGUGCAGGUAUGUGCUUGCGUGUGUGUGGGCGUGCGUGUGCAGGUAUGUGCUUGCGUGUGUGUGUGCGUGCGUGUGCAGGUAUGUGCUUGCGUGUGUGUGUGCGUGCGUGUGCAGGUAUGUGCUUGCGUGUGUGUGCGUGCGCGCGUGCAAGGAUUUUCACUCACAAGGUGAUGCCCCUCCCACCCCUCUUGUAUAAAACGUUGGGAUUGGCCGCAGCAGAGGCCGGCCGGGGUGCGCUUUUAUUGAAAAGAAAGUUGCAAAAUAAACGGAUUGAAGUCCC